AUGAGGAGGUUUGCUCAUAUUAUUGAUGAUUUAGGGCUGGUAGAUCUCCCGUUGCAAGGGGGAGUGUUCACUUGGAGCGGGGGCCUGAAUAACCAGUCCUGGGCAAGAUUGGACAGGUUCUUGGUGUCUCCUAGCUGGCUAGAUCAGUUCAGUGGGGUGAUUCAAAGAAGGCUGUCUCGUCCUGUUUCGGACCACUUUCCCAUUUUGCUAGAAGGAGGCGGGCUUAGGAGAGGUCUAUCUCCCUUCAGGUUCGAAAAUAUGUGGUUAAAAGUGGAGGGUUUUCUAGACCUAAUCCGGAAUUGGUGGGGGGAAAUUGAGGUCAGAGGCACUGCUAGCUAUAGAUUGGCAACAAAGAUGAAGGAGCUCAAACAGAAACUGAAAGCUUGGAAUAGAGAGGUCUUUGGAAAUCUGGAAGGUAACAAAAGUGCAGCUCUGCAGCAAGUGGAUUAUUGGGAUCGUGUGGAAAGCGAAAGAAGAUUGUCUUUGGAAGAGACAAAAUUAAAAAAGGAAGUAAAGGAAAGCUAUAAAAAAUGGGUCAUUUUGGAAGAAAGUCAUUGA